AGAAUAGAUAUUUAUUAGCGACAAACCAUACGUUUAAAGUUCAAACACAUGGGUUAUCAGAAAAAAACAAGUUCAAACACAUAGACGGCGGCUUCUCAACCAUAUCUGUCCCUUUAAAACAAAGCUUUUUUCUUUUUCUCAAACACUUUCGUUUUUUUUAUUUUUUUUUAUUUUCAACCAAGAAUCGACCUUCGUCUCUCCACCGGCACCGGUGAUGAUUCUCCGGUCAACUGGGUUUGUACGGAUGGGGGUGUUUCCGGUCAUUUUCAUCUCCAUCAUCAUCCACCUCCUUCUCUUUCUAUCUCCCACUUUAGCCAUCGACUUCCUCUUCAACUCCUUCUUCAACAGCACGAAUGCCACCGACCUCACUCUCAUCAACGACGCCAAGUUCGAUUCCUCGGUCAUCCGCCUCACCAACGACUCGAACCAGUUCUCUUUCGGCCGCGCUUUCUAUCCCACCAAGCUCACCCUGAGACCCACCUCGAAUUCUUCCUCCCUCACUUCCUUCUCAACAUCAUUCGUCUUCUCCGUCUUGCCCGAGAUCGAUUCCAGUCCCGGUUUCGGCCUCUGCUUCGUCCUCACCAAUUUCACUUCACCUCCCAACGCGAUCGCUAGCCAAUACUUCGGCCUCUUCACCAACGCGACUGUUCCGGUCGUCGCUCCUCUGCUCGCGGUCGAGUUCGAUACCGGUCGAAACCCAGAAUUCAAUGACCCAGAUGAUAAUCAUAUCGGAAUCGAUCUGAACAAUAUCGAAUCGAUCAAGGUACAGAGUGCUGGGUAUUACAAUUCGAGUGGGUCUUUCGUCCCGAUUCGAAUGCGAAAUGGUCAGAAUGUUCGAGCUUGGAUCGAUUUCGAUGGUACAAAUUUCGAAAUCAAUGUGACUGUUGCUCCUGCUAAUUUGUCAAGACCCACUAGGCCUACCCUUACUUACAGAGAUCCGGUGAUUGCGAAUUACGUGUCUACCGAGAUGUUUUUCGGAUUCUCUGCUUCGAAAACGCAGUGGAUUGAAGCACAGAGAGUAUUGGCUUGGAGUUUCAGCGACACCGGAGUUCUUAGAGAGAUCAACACAACGAACUUACCAGUUUUUAAGCUAAGCUCGUCUUCCUCACUCUCUGCUGGUGCUAUAGCUGGUAUUGCAGUGGGUUGCGUUGUUUUUGUGAUCCUUUGCGCAUUUGGGCUUUACUGGUUUUGGAUAAGAAACAAAUUAGAAGACGAAGAAGAAGAUGAAAUUGAAGAUUGGGAAAUGGAGUAUUGGCCGCAUAGAUUCUCCUACGAAGAGCUUAGCGAUGCAACCAAUGGGUUUUCCAAAGAUCAGCUUCUGGGUUCAGGUGGUUUUGGAAAAGUUUACAAAGGGAUUACUCAAUCCAAUAACACCGAAAUAGCAGUUAAAUGCGUAAACCACGAUUCGAAACAAGGGCUUAGAGAAUUCAUGGCGGAGAUUUCAAGCAUGGGAAGGCUACAACACAAGAACCUAGUCCAAUUGCGAGGAUGGUGCAGAAAAAGAAACGAGCUCAUGCUCGUCUACGAUUACAUGCCCAAUGGAAGCCUCAACCGUUGGAUUUUCGACAAGCCAAAGAAACUAUUAAACUGGGAACAGCGUCGGAAAGUCCUCGCCGACGUAGCGGAGGGACUGAACUACCUCCACUAUGGUUGGGACCAGGUGGUGGUUCACAGAGACAUUAAGUCGAGCAACAUAUUGCUGGACUCGGAAAUGAGAGGAAGACUCGGAGAUUUCGGACUCGCCAAGCUGUACCAACACGGGGAAAUCCCCAACACGACGCGCGUGGUUGGAACGCUCGGGUACUUGGCGCCGGAGCUCGCGACGAUUGCGGCGCCGACUGCCGCGAGCGACGUGUACAGCUUCGGUGUCGUGGUGUUGGAGGUGGCGUGCGGUCGUAGACCGAUUGAGAUGGAGGCGGCGGAGGAUGAGGUGGUACUGAUCGAUUGGGUUAGGGAGUUGUACGGUAAAGGGAAGGUGAUGGAAGCCGCGGAUGCGAGAAUGAGAGGUGAGUAUGACAAGGAGGAGAUGGAGAUCGUGUUGAAGCUCGGUCUGGCUUGUUGUCAUCCUGAUCCUCAGCGAAGGCCCAGCAUGAAGGAGGUGGUGGCGGUUUUGAUCGGCGAACGGGCUGCGGCUGUGGCCGCGCCGGCGGAGGUUUUGUCUGGAUUGGUUCAAGGCGAUAGUAGUAUUGCCGCCGCCGCCGCCGCCGCCACCGCAGGCGGUGAUGAUAAUGAUAGAGAAUCGUCUUCCGGUGAGGUUGUGCCUCUCCAACCUCUGCCUCCGGUGUGAAAAAAAUUUUUUUUUUCAAAAAUUAUUUAUUAUUUAUUAAUCUUUUAUAAUAUUUUGAGCCGUAUUUAGUUGGCUUUCGGGUUUGCUAAUUUGAUUAUUUUUAUCAUUAUUUUUUUUUUAUUUUUUUUUUGUUACUCAUGCAAAUUACUAAAUUAGCUUAAUACUUUUUCCAUGAUUAUUUCUGGUA